UCUGAUGCGGAACAACAAGUCUGAACAAACUCUACGCUCCACUUCCGAAUGUUUGAAACACCUCCAUCAGCCCAGCUCCUCCUGCUCCUGAGGAGACACCGACCCGCCGCUCCACCGGACCGAUGACGGACAACGAACGAGCCGCCAGAACCCUCAAACACGUUCUUCAGAAGCCGGGGAACGGCAGCUGCGCGGACUGCGGCGCCGACAAUCCGGAAUGGGGCUCCUGCUCCCUCGGGGUCUUCAUCUGUCUGGGCUGCUCCGGGGUCCAUCGCAGUAUUCCCAAUCUCGGGAAAGUCAAAUCUCUCCGACUCUCACGCUGGGAGGAUUCAGAAGUUCAGUUCAUGUCCGAUCGAGGGAAUGAUGCCAUGAACGUCGUGCAUGAAGCUGCUCUCCCAGUCUAUUACUACAAGCCCUCGCACAGAGACUGCCAGGUGCUGAAGGAGCAGUGGAUUCGGGCGAAGUACGAGAGGCAGGAGUUCAUGGAGAGCGGCAAGAAGCUGAUCUACGAGGACGAGACACGAGACGGCAUGCUAAUGAAGAGGGGGCGGGACAAUGGACAGUUCUUCAGCAGGCGGUUUGUUCUGUCUCAGAGGGACGGCACACUAAAGUACUUCACUAAACUAGACGCUAAAGAACCCAAAGCUGUUAUAAAAGUGGACACCAUCAACGCCUGCUUCCAGCCGGACAAGAUCGGAAACCCCAACGGCCUGCAGAUCACCUACCUGAAGGAUAACACCACACGAAACAUCUUCAUCUACCACGACAGCAGCAGAGAGGUGGUGGAGUGGUUUAACUCCAUCCGGGCGGCGCAGCUCCACUAUCUGAAGGUGGCGUUUCCCGGAGCCACGGACGCCGAGCUGAAGCCCAAACUGACACGCAGCUUUCUUAAAGAGGGAUACAUGGAGAAAACCGGCCCUCGGCAGACAGAGGGCUUUAAGAAGCGCUGGUUCACGCUGGAUCACCGGAGGCUCAUGUACUUUAAAGAUCCUCUGGAUGCGUUUGCUAAAGGCGAGGUGUUCCUGGGACACCGGGAUCACGGAUACCGCGUCACGAUCGGACUCCCGGCCGGAACACACUACAACGGGGCGUGGCAGUACGCCAUCACCAUAGAAACGCCUGACCGCAGCUUCCUGUUCACCUGUGAGACGGAUACGGAGCAAAAGGACUGGAUGAGCCACUUCAAUGCAAUCAUCAGCACUCCCAUGAGCCCACAGGAGUACACAGUGGAGGCUUACUUCAAACACAAACACUGAUGGACCUGGAACCCUAAGUGUGACCUAUGACCUUUCACCUGUGACCUCUGCAGCUGACCCGCCACGGAUCUCAUAGCACGUGCCCCAGAUGUUUGUGUUUUUACCUUGUUUUACACUAAGCAUUUGUUUGUAUACUGUACUAUGAUUCUGUCUUGUUAGAUCUUGAAACUCAGAGUAUUUUGUUCCCAUAUCAUUAUAUUUGCAUGUCUGUGUUUUCCACAAACUGUUUCCUACUAAAUCUAAUACUUUUUUUAAACCUUUGUUUUUGAAUCUGGUAUUUUUUAAGGAUCAAAGGCUCCAUCUAGUGGUGAUAUUGAGUUAUUUAACCACUGACCCUUCAAAUGGACUUUUCAACACAUUUUAAGUGAAAGUCAACUCUCUAGUUCUAAACUUAUUUUUAUUUACAAAUCAAAGGGACAUUUAAGUCAUAAGUAUAAAAGUAUAACAAUUCUGUCACCAUUUAUUCACUCUAAUGUUGUUCCAAACUUGUGUGACUGUGUUUUCUUCUACAAAAGAUGUUUAGCAGAAUGUUGACGCUGCUCUUUUUCAUACAAUAACAGGUUAUAGUGACACAUUUAGCCUCAAAAAGACCAAAAAGCUUUACAAGUGUCAUAAAACUAUCCAUAAUGUGUCUUGCAAAAAUAUUCACACCCCUUCAUUUCCAUUUAUCAAUUUUUCCUCCAUAAAUCUACCUUCCAUAUCCCAUAAGACACAGCAAAAACCAGACUGUGAUUUUCAAGUUACAUUAAGCCUGAGGGGUGAAAACUUUUGAACAGAAUGGAGAUAUGUGCAUUUUGCAAUAACAUGAUAAGAAUAACAUGCAGUUUUCAUGAGCAAAGAAGAGGGUGUGAAUACUUUUGCAAGAAAUAUGCCAUUACAAAUCUAUACUGCAGCUUUUAAAUCUCAUUGGCUCUAGUGUGUCACAUGACUGUUCAAUCAAAUUAGAUUUUAGAGCAACAUGAGGGUGACUAAAUCUUGACAGGAUUAUCUUUUCUUGUAGUAUUAUGAUCCCUCAGGGUUUAGUGCAGCUUUUUAAUAAAGUACUGAUCUAACCAUG